AUGGAAAAUGGCUAUAUUUUGACGGAUGAUAUCUAUUUUGCCGAAGAAGAAAAAAUAGAAGUGGAAACUCCAGGUGAAGACAAACAAAUUGCUGAAGCUCCCAAAGAUGCCAAUGACCAAGUAACUAAAGGAGGAGCAUUUGAUACUUUCUUAGAAUUUGAAA